AUGUCGUCCCAAGGGGAUCCCUUCCAGAUCCAACCGGUGCUCUCCGACAUCUUCGUCUCUCAUGAUCUGCUCGAUCUCACGUCAUUAGCCAGCAACUUAUUCUCGUCAGUCUCCCAACUCGCGGCUGGCGUUACCCACCGCGCAUCUCCGUCAUCAGGCGACAGCACCCCGCUCUCAUCGUCCCCGCAGAAGGCAGGUGCACCUCAGUCUAGCUCCCCCAACCGGACGGCACCGACAAGCCCCGAAGAGCACAAGCCCGAGGUCCGAUGUGUCGAAGGCUACUCCAACAACCUUUACGUCGGCGGCUCGGAUGGCGUACUGGAGUGGUGGGUGUACGACGGUUCGCCCGGCACCAGCGAGGUGGGUCAUGUUCUGCGUCUACACAGCUCACGCCAGAACCGCGGCUGGAAGCUUCGGCAUAAGCAAACUGUGAACCCGCGACGACCUAUCAGCAAGAUCAUGCUCCUGCCUAAGGUGUCGCGGGCACUCGUCCUUGCUGAGGGCAUCCUGCACCCGCUGAGUCUUCCGAAUCUGGAGCCGCUGCCUCCGAGCGUCAUUACUCCCAUUCGAGGCGUCGUUUCCAUCGUCCUUAAUGACGACGAGCUUGAUCUCGCGGGAAAGGAUGGAGACGGAGUCACGGACAUGACGGUGGUCGUCGUCCGACGCAAGGGCCUAGCCAUCUAUCGACUUGGCUCGCGAAUGAUGCUCAUGAAGGAGAUUCCGCUUCCGGCGCCUCCACGCUAUCACGCCUUUUUCUCAACCGUCCUUUGCGUGGCUGCCCCUUCAGAAGGAGGCGGGCUUACGUACAGCCUGAUCGACAUCUCCGAUGCCUCUAUGACGGAAGUUCUGCCAGUCAUGCAGGUUCCGCCGGAAGAAGAAAAUUGGACGCCGAAUCCGAAUGUGGUUGUGAUCCCUGGGGAAAACCAGUUCCUGGUCACGAGUUACACUGGCGCCAACACCAUGGGAGUGUUUCUGAAUGGACAAGGUGAUCCAGAAAGAGGUACCAUCGAGUGGCAGAGUCAUCCCACCUCGAUCACACUCGACCCUGCGCUCGGUAUCCGUUCGCUCAGCUAUUCCCCAUACGGUAUCUCGAUCCGCGACGUCAUUCGCGACGAACGGCUAUCGACUUCGCCGUUCACUUUGCUCAGCGGCAAGCUGACGCCCUCGCUCACGGACAAGAGCCCAGCCGGAAGCGUCAGGUCCCCGGACCCCAGAUCAGAGACUCCGCCUAACGUUACUACUCGGCCGGAGAUUCAGCGCGCUGAGCCUCCAACUGAGGAGCCAGAGGCUGGAUCAGGUCUUACCCCGCCGUCGUCACCCAAGUUCCAACGACAGCCGAUCGUUGCUCCCAAGAACUCCUCGCUGCUGUCACAGGCGGGGGCUGCCAGAGGCUCCCAGUUCUCAUCUGCUAUCGCUGAGACUCUGUUGAUCGGCCCUCACUCGGUUUGCGGCCUCACUCCGACGCCAGCGGUCGUUCGGCUUGAACAGCUAUGCGCGGAGCGGAGGAUGGACGAGGCGAUGUCCCUCGUGGACGACGAGCGCCGGAAGGGAAGGCGCGGAGAAAUUGAAGCCGACAAGCUGCUCCAUGGCUAUCUUGCUUUCCAUCUUCUCUUCGAGACCGUCUUCGAAAGGGCCGAGGACUAUUUCCUCCGAGCGAAGAUAGACCCCCGUCUCCUCGUUCGGAUAUUCCCGAGGUAUAAGGGGAAGUUGAUCGGAACUGCAGAGGAGGUCGAGAUCUUUGACGGCCUGCGGUCCACAUUGGAGAACAUGAGUACCAUUGAAGACAUCAUUGCCGACUUCAUUGCUCGGAGUGCAGAGGGUGGCACGAUCGACUCUGGGGUGAACGAUGCGCUGUAUGACAGUGCCAAGGAGGUCUUCAUGGAUUUCCUCAAGAAAACCAGAAACACCCGGUUGAACAAGGGCGCCUCGUCGACCAUCGAUGCCCGCAAAGUAGACAUGGUCGUGGAUACGACGCUCGCGAAGCUGCUGGCUGAGGACGGUACCACCGACGAACUCCUUUCGCUCCUUGGGUCUGUCAACGAGGUUGUCUUUUCGGAGCUGGAGCCGUUCUUGUACAAGCGGAAGUAUAUUCUCUGCACCGUGCUGUUACAGCAGGGCCGCAUCGACCAGGAUCCCACUCCCGACCCGCUGUGUCCCGACCCUGUCGGGGAGCUAGUUCAGCAUCUCAAUAGCAUCGAUGAUCCGGAGCAGCUUCGAGACUACAUCCUAUGGCUGAUUCGCCGCGAUGCCGAUAAGGGCCUGAACGGAACGAAACUCAAUACCGACGAUGCGCAGAUUGUGCAAGAUAUUACCGCCGUCAACCAGGACGCUGCCAACCGAUACCUGGAGCACGUCGUCAUCGACAAGAAGUCGACCGAUCCUGAGCUUCACGAGGCUCUGUUGAAGUGGCUGUUGGACAGUGUUGAGGAGCUGCUUAAGGAUGACGGUAUCAAGUAUCAUUUAGAGGAACUUGGUGAGCUUCGCGUAAUGGAGUGGGAGCUGACAUUAGACGCCGAGUACCGACUUCAGGCAGGCUCGCAAGCCUACGCGGUCUUCUUUGCCGACAUUGCUCCGGAAACGCCGUUCAAGUCCUUCCGACUCAAGCUGAUGCUGUUCCUGCAGACUAGCACACAUUACAACUUGAACAUUACCCUCGCUCGUCUCGAGGAAUGCCCGUCGCUGACGCUGGAGCGGGCGAUUGUCCUCGGCAGGCUUGGCCGUCAUGAGGGAGCCAUGAGAGUGCUCGCCUCUGAGCUCGCCGACCCCAUGUCUGCGCAGACGUACUGCACGCAGGGUGGAGAGAUCGUGCCGCCUAAAGUUGCGCACGUCAUUGCUUCCAAGAUGCCGUCGCUCGCGGCGUGGACCGACUUGUACACUGGUGAUCGCCCGCCUGUUGACGCGCAAACGCAGCACAAGUUGGUCGUCGAGCUUUUGCGUGCCUACAUGCGCACGCCUGCUCCGCGAGGCAAGAAGACGACUGGUAUUUCGGACGGUGCUGCCCGGGCGCAGCAGCUCCUGUCUGCCCAAGGCGUCCAUCUCGACGUCAAGGAGGUGCUGGACAUGGCGCCGAAGGAGUGGCCGCUGGACGCCAUCAACACUUUCUACACACGCUCUUACCGACGCUUGCUCCACGAGCGCACCACAUGGCAGGUUUUGAAGGCCGCCUCAGCUGGACAGAAUUUGGAGAUCCCGCCCGUCGUUGUUGACGAGGGAGACAUCGACGAGAAAGUGAGCGAUCUGGAGCUGAACGAGAAGGAGCCCUUGGAGUCUGAAUCGGCGGUCAGCGACCCUCUCACCGAGAAGCCGGAGCAGACGGCGCCGCCAGAAUCGGCAUCGAAGGAGCUGCACCUGCCGCCACUGCCUGGCACCCCGAACGAAGCAACGACCUAA